CAGUUCCACCCACAAUACAAAUGUUACAGGGAAUUUAACUUCCACUAAGCCAAAGAUGCAACUACCAGUCUCCUCCCAGACAAAAGCUAACAGAUGAGGAUUACAUAAUAAAACCGAUACCGACAGAACCACAUGUAUACAGUAGUAUUAACUCCAUAACAUCCGUACAGGAGGCAGUGAUGUACAAGUAAUUACUCUACUCUCUGUACUCUUUUUUUGUUCUCCCACAGCUAAUUGACGCCUACGAAAUCUGUAGUUGUAACUGGUAACACAUUCACCAAAUCUUUUUUAUAUACACACACAGCUGGUAAUAAAGUGGUCAACACUAAAAAUUCUUUACAUGCUACAAAAGUUUCCCAGUAAAAUGAGAUCUGAGAAAGUAAACUGAGACUCCGCUGGGACAGUACCACAUGUACACAGUAGUAUUAACUCCGUAACAUCCAUACAGGAAGCGGUGAUGUACAAGUAAUAUACUCUGUUUUGUUUCUCCAUUACCACGUUAAGCCCCACAGCUGAUUGACAUCUACGAAAUCUGUAGUUGUAACUGGUAAUACAUUAACCAAAUCUUUUUUAUAUACGCACACAGCCGGUAAUAAAUUGGCCAAACAUUAAAAACUCCCCCUUGUUAAUAAAUGCCAAAAAACGUUUCCCAGUAAAAUACGAUCUGAGAAUGUAAACUGAGACUUCUGAAUAAACAAAGCGGCAGCUUAAACCAGCUCCUGGUGUUGGUGUACAAAGAAAAAAAAAAAAAAAAAGAACACCCGGGGGGUUCUGUUUCCUAGCAACAGGUCGCAAUUCCUAUUCCCUCCUAUUCUUGUUUAGUGCCUGCAGGGAGUUGGCUGUACAGGUGAACAUCCAACUUAUCCGCUCCUCCUCCCCCUGGAUCUGGAUGCAAAGCCGCUCCACACAAGAUAUCUACUGCUCACCUCCGUAGUCACACUGUGUCCACACACUGUUCUACCUAUGAGCUUGGAUGAGUAGGAAGAGGACAGGAUGGCCAACUCAGCACUGGAGAUAGUGGGUCUUUUAUUAUCCCUGAUCGGCUUGGUCGGGACGGCGGCGAGCACCGGGAUGCCGAUGUGGCGGGUCACAGCCUUCAUCGGAGAGAACAUCAUCGUGUUCGAGACCCGCUACGAGGGUCUUUGGAUGAACUGCUUCCGGCAGGCCGACAUCCGGAUGCAGUGCAAGGUGUACGACUCUCUCCUGGCUCUGUCCCCCGACCUUCAGGCAGCGAGGGGGCUCAUGUGCUGCGCUCUGGCGCUGGGAGGCCUCGGGGUGCUGAUAAGUUUGAUAGGGAUGCAGUGCACGUCGUGUAUUCAGAACAACGACCGGGCCAAGCGGCUGGUCCUCAUCAUCGCGGGCAGCAUGAUCAUAGGGGCUUGCAUCUGCGUCCUCAUCCCCGUGUCCUGGACGGGUCAUGUCAUCAUCACCGACUUCUACAACCCCCUUCUGAUCGACGCUCAGCGCAGGGAGCUUGGGGAGGCUCUGUACAUCGGGUGGGUGUCCGCCGCUUUCUUGUUUGCAGGAGGAUGCAUGUUUACCUGCUGUAACAUACAGUCAGAGGACAAAGACUCCCCGAGGUAUCUGUACUCCCGGAACUCAAACUACACGGCGUAUCCUCCUCCGCAGCAGCUACAGCCUCAACAGCUGGUUUUUCUUCCCCAACCACAGCCUCAGCCAAUGUUGUCCAGACAACCAUCAACAAACUACAGCUACCACUCCAGAUACCCCUCCGUACGCAGCGGGGUCGCUUAUCUGUAAAGUAAGGAUGAAAUGUAAGGAUGCUUAAUAUAAAAAGUGGCCAGGGCCAUGCAGAUCAUGCAUUUCAAGCUGAACUGAAAAUGUAAAAAUGUACUACGACUGCAAAUGAUUCCGAUUAUUUUAAAUAACUCACAUUAUUUGAGGUGUAUUUACUAUGCGGUUUAAUACGUUUCAGUCUAUAAUUUCAAGAUUGCCUGUGUGAACCAACACAUCAUUUCAUUUACUUUGUUUGUGUGAAUCAGAAUUUUAUACCAUAUUUUUUUUUGGAAGUAAAGUUAGUAAUUUUGUAUAUGUAUGUUGUAUAUAAGGAUUUAUGCAACCUUGAACCAGUAAGAAAUGCGACGUUGUAUUUAUGUCUAAAACACAGCUCGUUUUUUGGCACAUAAGACAGAUUUGCAUUAGUGGUUAACAGCCAUUUCAACCCAAUUUUAUUCAACAUUAACCAUGUGCUCCAACGUGUUUUCAAGAAUUUUGUGGAUCACUGAGGAAAAUAACCUUUCACAGGCACCAGUCUCUCAUACACAUUCAGCUUCUUGGUUUUAACCAGUUUAACCAGUUUUGCCCUCUAAUAGACACAAUAGACAGGCAGGUGUGUUACAAGGAAAUAUCCCCUCCCCAAAGACUUAUACAGGGAGAAAAUGGAAGAAACCAAAGGAAGAGAAGGGGUCAGCCAAGCAACAUGGUACAUUUACAUUAUGGAAUAAUUGUGUGUCUAAAGUUGAUGACGCUGUCCCUGUGACGACGUGGAAGAUAUGAGAAUUUGUGUUUGGCACGUUGUCAUACACUGACGAAACUGAGCAAAUGGCUUAACAAACAGGAGGUUGUUGGUUUAAGUCUGCUCGUUAAAGUUGCUGGACUCAUUCCUAGUGUUUACGUUGAAGCCGGAGAGACAACCUGCCAGCAUCAUCAUCAUGUGAUCCAAAUUUGCAAGUUGCUUUGAAUGGAAUCAAAGAAGGUUUUAGACCAAAAACCACACAUGCUGCAAUUCCUCAUUGGUCUCAAAAUAACAUUUCUGUCUCUAGGUCACAUCAUUUCUCUUUCAGUAAGAUCAUAAUCAAACUGUAGGUCAAGUUACAACUGUAACUUCCAUUCACAACACAUGGAAAGAAAUUAUAUUCACAAAGCCAUUCUAAUCACCAUUUCAUACACAAAAUAUUUGAUCAUGUAAUAGCAAUGUUGUCUUUGUUGGGAUGUUACAUAGAAUUUGAACAUGGUUCAUUUUGUUUUGUUACUAUUGAGGUCAUCUCUGCUCCCUUGUGGACAAUACAAGAACUGCAGAAGCUUUAAUGUGCUUCAUUGUAUUAUAUGUUCAUUUGUAUAAAGAAUAAAACCGUGGAAAAUAAUAAAAACAUCCUGAAACUGUGA